AUGGCCAGCAGUAAUCUCACCACAGUAACUGAGUUCAUUCUUAUGGGCUUUAAUGAUCACCCCAAUAUGAAAAUUCCCCUGUUCCUGGUGUUUCUGGGUUUCUAUCUAAUCUCCAUUCUAGGCAAUGUGGGGAUGUUCAUUCUGAUCCAAGUGGAUAUCCAACUCCAUACCCCAAUGUACUUCUUUUUGAGCCAUCUCUCCCUGCUGGAUGCCUGCUACACCUCAGUCAUCACCCCUCAAAUCCUGGCCACGUUAACCACAAGCAAAACCAUCAUCUCCUAUUGUCGCUGUGCUGCCCAGUUCUUCUUCUUCACCAUCUGUGCAGGGACAGAAUGUUUCCUGUUAGCAGUGAUGGCCUAUGACCGCUACAUUGCUAUCAGCAGCCCACUACUCUAUACUGUAACCAUGAAUCCUAGAAUCUGCUGGGCUUUAGUCCUGGGAGCCUACAUCUGUGGGGUGUCAGGAGCCAUUCUUCGUACCACAUGCACCUUUAGCCUCUCUUUUUGUGACAACAAUCAGAUCAACUUCUUCUUCUGUGACCUCCCACCCCUGCUAAAGCUUGCCUGCAGUGACACUACAAACUCUGAGAUUGUCAUUGUCUUCUUUGGCAACUUUGUGAUUGUGGCCAAUGCCUUGGUCAUCCUUACUUCCUACCUACUCAUCAUCAAAGCAAUUUUGAAGGUCAAGUCUUCAGGUGGCAGGGCCAAGACAUUCUCCACGUGUGCCUCCCACCUCACUGCUGUGGCCCUUUUCUUUGGAACCCUCAUCUUCAUGUAUAUUCGAAGCAGCUCGGGCAAAUCCCUGGAAGAAGAGAAAGUCGUAUCUGUUUUCUACACUGUGGUCAUCCCCAUGCUGAACCCCCUGAUCUACAGUCUGAGAAACAAGGAUGUGAAAACUGCCUUUACAAAGAUCACUAGUAGAUUUCAGGUGUUGCAUAGCAUGUAG